CCCCGCAUCCCUCAAGCUGCUGCAAUCUGAAAUGUUUUUGGGCAAAACCGGAACUCGUACCUUAUUUCAAAUAGAUUGUCACACUGGAAAGAAUAUUAAAAACCAUUCAUUUUUGUCGAAGGAAGAUGAAAUUCUCCUGCUUCCUGCUAGACAAUUUCAAGUUGUGUCCUGCUGCAAUUCUGGCAACGGACUCCAUAUAAUACAAAUUAAGGAAAUAGAUCCAAAGUACCCAUUACUGGAACUUAUUCCUGGUGUCUCAUCAGGUAAUGAUUCAUUAUGGUUAGGAGAAGGCGCGGCUCAGAAUUACAAACAAAUGAGUCAGAUUUUUCUGUAUUUUGUGUAAGCGACUGAGCGAACAGGUGAACACAAGGUCUAGACCCAUCUUGGCAGAAGAGAAUUUUUCGCAACUACGAGUUUUCGGUUCCGUUUCGAUUUUUCUCUUAUUUCUUAUGUAAACGCAUAACAUAGAAAGCGAUGAAUGAUUAUGUAGUUGUAUGAAAAUGAUAUCAUUAUUUAUAAAUUUUCAUUCAUGAUAUGAUUCUGCUAACAAUGUUUCUUCAUCGAUGUGAGUGGUGAUUGCACUUUAUUUUACUCUAUUUUGUACGAACAGAUUAAUAGAUGUUGAUGACCAGAUAGCUCACACUCGCACCCAUACCCAUAUCCACAUCCUCAAGAUUCCCAUUUUCCUUAUCUUUUUGUAAUUGUGUUGGCUGAUCAAGAUAGAAACACAUAUCAAACCCUUGUAAUUAGCAUAGGAACAGGAGAUAAAUUUCUUUUCUUUUACAGUCAAAUUUUAAUAUUCAACAGUGAACUACUGGUAAAUGCUUUUUUAGGGUUAAGAACUACCAAGCUGUUUUGGUUUUUGUGUCUCCUACAGUGGAAUUCAAAGGGACUCUCGCUGAUAGUACUAGGAUUAGCAAUAUGCCCUAUGUGAGAUCAUCUAUGCUUUGUACUAUCCAAAAAGUGUAAUCUUGAUAACUGAAACAACUUGCAACGGUACAUGAAGAAGCGGUAAUAUAAAGUGUACCACAACAAUACAUUGAGUAUCUGAGAGUUAUAAAAACAGGCGAGAACCUCUAUACUUGACAAGUCAUUUUAGAAACAUCAUGCUCAUGAAAUUCGCUAUUUGAUCAUUGUGGGUAUAAAAAUGCUCUCUGACAGUGAAUGUUAGGGUACUUGUUGGUGAUCGCCCCGUCAAAAGAGGGUGUGUGGGUGUGGGUGCUUAUGCGUUGAUGUGGGUAUAAACUCUUAAUACAGCCCAUCCUACACUAACCGUUACCCACAUCCACACUUAUCAGUGGACGUUAGCAAAAUAAUACCAGCGUUACUGCCAAAGCAGUAAAUUGACAUUUGUUCAAACAAUCACUGCUAGAAUCAAAUCAAUUAGUCAACGCAUUCUCGAAUAAUGAGGCAAUGUAUCAGCAUCCGAGUUGCAGCAUUAAUAAGCUAAGCCAACAAUUUUGGUCUGAUCUGGCCUGCCAGGCAGCAAGCGAAGUUGGCAGCUCUGCAGCAGAUAUCCAUACAGUGUUUUAUCAACAUGGAUGGUAUAUUCACCCGCUUCUACUUUUAAAUAAUACAAACUCUGCCAAUGUAUUCCUUCGCUUUACAAAAGAAAAUACCACAUGAAAAUGUUGCUUUCGAUUUGAUGUAUCUAUCUAAACUGCAAAUUUAAUGCUAUGGAAUACUUAAAAUCGAAAUAGCUGAAAUGAAAAAUUUCUUGUUUAACCAAGAUUUCUUCUCCUGAUGAGUAGAUAUCAGGUGUGAAAAGGAAGAUUGCUUUACACAGAUAUAAUAAAGACUUAACUUUUCCACAAGAGUUUUUCGAUUUGAGAGGAGUCUUCAAAAAGAAAAGCUUCUGUCUUCUUGGCUUCAAUCUCAUUCGAAAUCUUUAUUAAUAUUUAGAGCACAAAGAAUAUAAUUCAUAUUUUGAUGUUGUAUAUUUGAAAAUCUGAACGAAGAUGAAGUUUUAUUGCAAAAUUGCACUUGUUCUAUCUUCCAGCAUUAGUUUUUACAAUUCUAUGGAAUGUUAGAACUUCUUCGAUUAGAUAAUACAUUUGAUCUUUUGCAUGUACAAAUCUUGUAUAAAAACAAGAACACACUAAUCUGGCGGAUUCCAUUAAGCUCGUUGUAGAGAUUUUUACUACCAGAUGAUAAUAUUAAAUUUAGUGAGAAAUGAUAUCAUCUUAUUUAAAACCUUCUUAAUUGGCUAAAUAAAGCACAAUGCACGUAAUUUCGAACCAAGCUAAAGCUAUACACCUCGAUUCGAUAGCCUUAUCUACGAAAGUUAUCAGUCCGCAGAAAGUAAUUUUCUUCGAUGUACCCAAUCAUGUUAUUUUUGUCGGCCUCUUUGUAUCAAAAUUAGAAAAGAAAGUAAUAUUAUGGAUGUUAAUAAGUAACAGGAAAUACAAUUGAGAGUGUAGCAUUCGUUUCUGACUGCCAAAAGUAUUCAUACAUACGAUAACUAAGGCAAAUAAUCAACAUUCAAAUUUCCAUUCUAUUUAUUUUCCUUUAUACAUAUUGACGCUUUAAUUUUAGCACAUGAAGACUCUUACAAAAAGGCUGAUAAUGUACGCGCCGAUAUCUACUGCAUAAUUUGGCUUGAUCAUAACGUGAAUAGUAAUGAUACCAAAGAUACAGAACAAAAAUUGGUUUCUCUUCGUAAUCGAAUCGAAAAGUUUCAAAACACAACACAUUGCCUGAGAUACAUCGAAAAACUAUCAGAAAAAGAUCGACUAGUAAUUAUUGCAAGUGGUCGAUUGGGAAAAGAAAUAACGCCACCUAUUCAUGAACUUCCACAAGUUACGUCAAUUUAUGUAUACUGCAUGAAUAAAAAGUUUCAUGAACAAUGGGCUUGCAAAUUUGCAAAAGUGAAAUUAAGUUGA